UGCAGCAACUGCGGCACGACCAAAACCCCACUGUGGCGACGCUCACCCACCGGCUCCAUCAUCUGCAACGCCUGCGGCCUCUACUACAAAGCCCGGAAUCAAAUGCGACCCGUAGGCCUGAAACGCGUUCAGCAGGCACAGAUCACGAAUGUAGUUGUCGCGUGCCAGAACUGCGGGACGACUAUCACUCCGCUAUGGCGGCGAGACGAAGCGGGGCAUACCCUUUGUAACGCCUGCGGACUUUAUCAGAAACUGCACGGCGCGCAUCGACCCGUGCAGAUGAAGAAACCGGAGAUCAAGCGGCGGAAACGCAUU